CGUUGUUUCCGUCUGCAGGCGGCGCUACUAGUACCAACAUGGUCAACGACAAGAAAAGGCAAGGACAUGAAUGCGGCACUAGCUUCCGAGCCAAGGUGUGGUGCAACUGGGACUGCUGCGGUGUCGUGUGCGCGGCGAUCUCCUGGUUCCUCAUCUUGUACGCGGAAUACGUCGUCGUCGGGGUCAUCAUAUACCCGUGGAUGGGACCGAGCAUUCUUGGCCUUGUCCACAUGUGUCUAUUCACGACCACGUGCUUCUUGGCCCUUGUCUCCCACGGCAAAGCCAUGAUGACAGAUCCCGGUUCUGUCCCCGAAGACGCCAUUCCUGUAGCCUUGAAGCAUGCGCCAAAGGAGGAGCUCAACCGGUUGGAAGAGCAACGGUAUCGCACGUGUCGGCGAUGCAAGACGUUCAAACCUGCACGGGCGCAUCACUGCAGCAUUUGCGAGCGAUGUGUGAUCAAGAUGGACCACCAUUGUCCAUGGGUGAACAACUGCGUCGGGCUUGGCAACCACAAGUUCUUCUUACUGUUCAUUUUCUACGUGUUCCUCUUGUCAGCGUACGCCCUGAGCCUCGUAUUUACUCGCUAUGCCCAUUGCAUCGACGAAACCUGCGCUAGCAAUGGCUUGAUGCACGUCGUAUGCUUGUGCAUGGAAGCCGUGCUGUUUGGCCUCUUCACCAUGUGCAUGAUGUGCGACCAGUACAGCGUCAUCACCACGGGCACGACCCAAAUCGAUCGGCUCAAGGGCGAGACGAGCGAGAACCUCGGCGUUCGCGAAGUGUUUGGCGGGACAUCCAACAACCUAGCAAUGCAUUGGUUCUUUCCCGUCAACAUUUGGUUCCCCGAAUCUAUCAAGGACCAACUGCUUGGCUACGCAUUGGAAGAGCUCACCGUGGAAAACGACCCGACUGACGUGCUGCUGAUGUCGGGGGAAAUGGAUGUGUUUCUACCCCACGGCGACACCGUGCUCACCGAGAAGCUCCAAGGUGGAUGGAGCGUUGAAAAGCAUGUGCUACCCAAGGAAGACAUUCACGUGGUCUAACCUUACUAUUACGUGGAUGAAUAUUCUAUCCUUGUUCACAGUGUGGACUUGUCAGAGGGGGAUGGAUGGCCACAGACACCUGAUACAGUGUCUGCCCUCGAACUUGCAUCGUCGUGGGCGUCGUUCUCGCUUAGCAUGCUCGCGGCUAACAUGUCACUGUCCGACAGCCCUGACGUCGCUUUUUCUGCUGCUUCCACAGACUGUGACCUGUCUAGCCAAUCAUAGCCACUCGGAGCUUCUAGAGGAUGGAGUUUGGAGAUUGACUCGUCGUCGUCACCACCGGGAAGGACUCCUUCCAUCACUGGCGACGGGGCCCUACUGGGAUUAUAGGCGGACGGUAGGGUCUGUGGUGUGGUAGGCGCUGUUUGGGCUCGCAGUAGCAGCAGUACUUUAUCACGUUUGACUUGGCUUUGAGCUUGGGGCACCACGAGCCCGGCGGUGGUCAUGGGUCGACGAUGCCUGCUGUCAUCGUGGUGACUGGCUUUUGCAAAUGCUACGGCCAACUCGGCCACGUCGGCCUCAAACGCGCCUUCCCACGACUCGCGGGUGUCCUGAAAGCACCGCCGGUCCAUCUCGUCUCGGGCAUGGAGCACCGCUUUGGCGGCGGCGAGGUCUGCCAUACGCUGUCGUUUGAGGGACCGCGCGUGCGUCCGCAGCGCCUCCCGCCUGCACACAACUGUAUCGUCGUCGUCCAUGUUGUUCGUCUUGCAUGAUAAAGCUGCUGCUGACGCCCGGAGCUGGUCGUGGCGUGCGAGGUCCCGCUUGUAUUGUUCCUGUCGAUGGAUCAUCUUGUCGACAGUGUGCGCGUAGUGUUUUGUUCGGCCUUUGGUUGGUUUUGGGCGGGCAAAGAAACUCUGGAGCACGGGCACAACGUCCCCCCGGACUUCAGGGCGUUUCAUAGGGGACAAGUCGUCGUCAUGGAGAAAGUUGUUGACGUCCGUGCGGCGGACGGGGGAUGACGAGGAUCUUGAGGCGGGGGGAUCUCGCUGGGGCUGAAUCUUGGGGGAUUGGGGUUGUCGCUUGGGGCUGCAGUAUACUUUGAUAAACUCGAUCGACUGGUGACCUAUGGACCCCCCCCUUGGCUUAGGAACGUCACGGUCGUCGUCGGGGAAGGUGGAUGAGGGGGGCAUGGCUAUCCUCGUUUCAUCAGGUUGUGUGUCAAGGUGUAGGUGAAACUUGGACGGUCGAUGGGGCACGCAGGUAGUCGUUUUGUUUGGUUGUACAGGUUGAGGGGGGCUCGCGGGGACUGCUUGCUUGAUCACGACUAUGGGGGCGUCUGUGCUCGGGGUGAUUUUGAUCUUUUGAAACAUUGCAGACCCAAUCUUUUGCACCCACGACUGUGGCGUUAAUGGCCGGCCGCCAGGGUCAUAGUGGUUGUCGUCGUCGUAAUCCAAGAUAUCGUCGUUGUCGUACUGGAGCGACGAUUCGUCACGUGACGCCCCUUCGAUCUGGAUGGACUUGGAUCCGUUGCUAGAACUACUGCUGCUGCUGUUGCUCAGUUUGGACUUUACUUGCAGCGAGUACAUAGCCGACCAUGCACCGCGCCAACGCUGUGCGAGUUGACUUGGGCAGUU